UACAAGUGAAGGUGAAAUUAAGAGCCCAUGUAAUUAGGGAGAGGUUGGAUCAAUUAAACUUCAGGAUCAUUUACCUUUCGCUCUCCCUCAAGGGCUUCUGCCAUGUCCAUGGCUGGCAUGCAAGUUAUGAAUCCCAAUUCCGAGGCCCUUGAGGUUGAGUGGAGGGGAGAUGACUCGAACUGAACCCUUUGUAUGCCCCAAGCAGUUCCCUUUGCCAUGCAUGCCUAUUGCGUUUUGCAAAUUGAUUGUUUUGGGCUCUUUGGGAUCGUGAUAUACAUAUUGUAUCGAGGGAAGAUUUUAGAACUGAGGAAUUUUGUUUGGUUGCUAUAGAGUAACAUAUUUCAAGUCUGAACAUGUUUGGAAUGAGAAAGUGAAGCCCCAAUCUUACUGUCGAGAACUACAGCCAAAUCAGAAGAAAAGCAGAAGAACAGAUUGCGGCUUACAGCAACUAUUGAAAGCAUUUGAUGGCUUACUUUACAAGCAUGCGCAUUUAGAGGGCAUGAUGAAUCUCCAUCUUCUAAUAAUCGUGGAAAUUUUAUUGAGAUGAUAAAAUUUAUGGGAAAAAUGAAUGAGAAUAUUGGGGACAUCGUCUUAGAGAAAGCUCCAAAAAAUGCAAAGCAUACUUCACCAGAUAUUCAGAAAGAUAUUUUGAAUAUUUUUGCCAAUCAAGUGAGAACUAAGAUUCGUAAAGAAAUCGGGGAUGCAAAAUUUUGUAUUUUAGUUGAUGAAGCAAGAGAUACAUCUAACAAAGAGCAGAUGACUAUUGUAUUAAGAUUUGUGGAUAUUGAUGGUUUUUUACGAGAGCGGUUCUUUGCUAUUGUACAUGUGACUGACACAACUGCUGCAACACUUAAGAAAAAAAUAUCUAAUACUCUUGGCUGUUAUGACUUGCAUAUCCACAACAUGCGGGGACAAGGAUAUGAUGGUGCUAGCAAUAUGCGUGGCUCUUGGAAUGGAUUACAAGCUCUAUUCUUGAAAGAUUGUUCAUGUGCAUAUUAUGUACAUUGUUUCGCUCAUCGACUUCAACUAGCAUUAACUGUAGCUGCUGAAAAAGAGGUAUCCAUUUGGUUAUUCUUUUCAAAAUUGAAUUCCAUUUGUAAUCUCUUUAAUGCGUCUCCUAAACGUCAUGCUGAGUUACUUUCUGCUCAAAAAGCUGAAGUUGCGCAUAUGGUAGCUAUUGGUGAACGUGAUACUGGUAGAGGAUGUAAUCAAAUUGGAAAUUUACUACGACCUGGAAAGACUGGCUGGAGUUCUAAUUUUGACUCAAUUUGUAACAUGAUUGAUAUGUAUAGUUCUGUGAUUACCGUAUUAGAAAACAUGGUGUAUGAUGGGUCCUCUAACUCCAUCCGUGGUGAAGUUAGUGGUUUGUUGAUAGCGAUGAAGUCUUUUGAUUUCAUAUUCAUAUUACAUUUGAUGCAAAAGAUAAUGGGGUUAACAAAUCUGCUUUGUCGAGCAUUGCAAGAGAAAUCUUUAGAUAUUUUAAAUGCAAUGGACUAUGUUUCAACUACUAAAACUUUGCUUCAGAUUUUGAGAGAAGAAGGAUUUGCUAUUCUACUUACUUAUGUGAAAGAAAUUUGUGCCAAGUAUGACAUUGAGAUACCUCAAAUGGAAGCUCGUUAUAAAUCUGCUACAGGUCGUUCUUGUCAACAAAAUGAUUCAAUCACAGUUGAACAUCACUAUCGAUUUGAUGUAUUUACUGCUGCAAUAGAUUUUCAAGUUGAAGAGCUUAAUAGUAGAUUCAAGGAUGAGGCAGUGGAACUUCUUAAGCUUAGUUGUGCUUUGGAACCUAAAGAAAGCUUUAAGCUUUUUAAUGUUGAUCACAUCUAUCGACUUGCUGAGAAAUUUUAUCCUCUUGAUUUUGAUACACAAGAUUUACACCACUUGAGAAUGCAAUUGGAGCACUAUAAGAUUGAUAUUGUUGGCCAUGAAAGAUUUCAGAAUUUAUCAACUAUUUCUGAAUUAUGUCGAAGAUUAAUUGAAACAAACAAAUCAGGAAGUUACAAUUUGAUUGACAGGUUGAUUCGUCUUGUUUUAACUCUUCCCGUCUCUACAGCAACAACGGAACGAGCAUUUUCAGCUAUGAAACUUGUUAAAACAGCUCUUCGUAACAAGAUGGAAGAAGAGUUUUUAACAGAUUCUAUGGUCAUCUAUAUUGAACGGGAGUUAGCGGAAACUAUUGAUAAUGAUAUAAUAAUUAAUGAGUUUGAUUCUAAGAAAAAUCGAAGAGCACAACUUCAAUAA